UUUUCCUAUUCAGUGUAAAAAGUAAACUUGAAUAAUUAACAUCCAUUAAGCAUGAAUUUCGUUAACGUUUUCCUAGUUUUAGCCACAUUUCAAACGUCCGCAAUGGCUUUAAGUUUCGUGGUAACUUCGAAAGUCUAUAUGGAUGUAAAGCAUAAAAAGCAACCCAUGGGACGCAUCAUAUUCGGGCUGUUCGGUGAAAGGGCUCCAAAGGCAACGGCUAAUUUUCGUCACAUUUGCUCGAGAGGCAUAAAUGGCACCACAUAUGUGGGUUCAGAAUUUCAUAGGGUUGUUGAUCGUUUCAUCAUACAAGGUGGUGAUAUAGUUAACGGUGAUGGAACAGGCUCUACAAGUAUUUAUGGGGAGUACUUCGAAGAUGAAGCAUUGGAUAUUGAACACAUAAGACCUGGCUAUUUGGGUAUGGCAAAUCGUGGUCCGAAUACAAAUGGAUGCCAGUUUUAUGUUACAACAGUUGCUGCCAGAUGGUUAGAUGGCCAACAUACUGUCUUUGGCAAGGUCUUAGAGGGCAUGGACGUUGUUAAUGCCAUAAAUGAUGUGAAAACUGACAGAGAUGACCAUCCCAUACAUCCGGUUAUUAUAUCAAAUUGUGGCGAAAUACCCACUGAGCCAUUCCAAUUCUAUCCAGAUGAUUUUAGUGUUUGGGGUUGGAUAAAGUCUGCUGGGAUACCCGUUACCAGUUCGUUGAUUAUCCUUGUUGUAUUUCAUUACUUCUUCCGUCAGUUAAAUAUGUAUUGCUAAUGUACAGUUGUAGAAAAAGUCUAAGAAACUACUUUUUAAAUAAAAAAAAAUAUUGAUAUGUAAAGUUAGAA